AAUUGUAUGUCGUAAAUCAUAUUUAUUUGUGCAAGGUGUUACAAGAAGAGUUAUCAGUGAUUUUGUGUGUUCCUAACGGCGAACCUUCGACGGUUGAAGAUUGCAAGAUGAGCACGGUCUCAGUAAGAAACAAGGCAAGGGAGAAGUUUCUGAAGUUAAAUGGAAUUAAGGGAAUGAAAUUUGACCCUGGAGAUACAAAUCAGAACAGUUCAUUCCCACCAAAUACAGUCCCCCUGGAAAACCAAGUUGCAGGACAUUCAUUUGGAGAUGGCAAAAACACGUUAGGAAUGUUGAAACAUAAAGAUGGCUAUGUAUUGAAACCAAUAGAGAAACCUGUUUAUGGGGAACGUGAAAUAAAGUUUUAUGAAGACUUGCAGAGUGCUACUGAUAAUGUAUCAGUUGAGCUCAGAAAAUUUGUACCAAAAUAUUUGGGUACAACAACCUUGAGAAUAAAUGAAAAAGAUGUCAGAUUUAUUAAAUUGGAAGAUAUAGCAAAGGAAGUAGCGGAACCAUGUAUCAUGGACGUCAAAAUUGGCAGACAAACGUGGGAUCCCGAGGCAACAUUAGAGAAGAGAAAAAAUGAAGAUCAAAAAUAUGCUGAAUGCAAACAAGAUCUAGGGUUUUGCAUUCCUGGCUUUCAAGUUCAUAGUAUUUCUACAGGGAAUGUCAUUAAAUUUGGGAAAGAGCAUGGGAAGAACUUGAACAAGACUACUAUAAAAGAUGUUAUGAAGCUGUACUUGAACUGUGACUCUGGCCUCAUUCGUCAAAUGAUCCUGCAGUUUACUGUUAAGCUGUGGCAGAUACAUCAGUGGUGCAGGAACCAGCAUAAAUUCAGAUUAUAUUCAAGUUCCAUUUUGCUUGUUUAUGAUGCACGAAGGCUGAGACAGUGCCUCAGACUUGAGGGAUGCAGUCCAAGUCGUCCAUUGAGUCCAAUCCUGGGCCGAGCAUUAACCUUCAGGGCCACCACUCCUCCUGUGUUUGGUGGCCAACUUAGUCCUGGUUUGAAUGGACCACCUAGCCCUGGUUUUGGCUCACAGUUCAGUUUGUCAGGAUCGGCAACUGAUAAGAAGUCACGUAAUUCUGGAAGUUACAGUGGAAAGCAUUCUCCCAAUACGCUGUCUGUGCCUGGAACGCCAGUUUCUCCUUUCCCAAAACAAAAUGGUUGUUUCGAUGCCAGUUGGCUUACUGGUUUUGAGAAGGCAUGUCGCACCCACUCCCUUGUCAACAAUUAUGAAAAAGAUCUUCAAUCAAUGAAAGAGGACUAUGCAUUUCAGCUGAAUGACCUGAAAAGUGCAGACACACCUUUCAGUAGUGAGGACUGGGUUCAGGUUAAGAUGAUUGAUUUUGCCCAUGCUUUCCCAUCAGUGAAUGAUGAACUGGAUACAAACUAUCUGGAAGGAAUUGAAAAUCUCGUCACACUGUUCGAGAGCUUGUGGAAAGAAAUAUCCUAGCCAACACUGUAUUAUGAUUGAGUUCUCCAGAAAGUUCCAGUGAUAUCUGUACAUACUAAUACUGAAAGCUUCCUGCCAAAAUAUGCUUUAAGAUGUUUCUAAGACUUGUAAGUUUUAUUUUUAUGUGCAUAUGGUUCUCAUGUUUGGGACCAAUUUGAAACAUUUUUGACAACUGGUUUUAGCUAGUAUGGCAUGGAUGGUUGUACAAGUGUUUUUAUUUUUUCAUGUUUUCAUAUUGCCUAUAGUUACUAUUCCAUUAGAGCAUCUCCUACAUAAUUAACUUAAAUAGCCAUGAUAGAUCUUAUGCCAAGCUCAUUUCCAUUUAGAAGCCUUAAAACUUGAAUAUAUAAGAUGCCUCUGGAAGUAUUUGUAGAGGUUUGAGUUGUGAUGUUUUGAGUCUCCACACAUGUAUGUCUGAGGUGCAUUAUUUGUAUAUAAGUAAUGACAUGUUUAAGUCCCAUGAAAAUUUGCUUGGAAAUACUAAAUAAUAAACACAAAUGAUGGUCCACAUUGAAAUUAUGAAGAUAUUAAAUUUAGGGAGCAACAUAUUUUACAGAUUCUUUUUAGAGUGCAUCCUUUUUUCAUGAUCAAACAAAUCUAAUUGCCAUGUUCCAUCUAUGCAAUUCUAAGAAUGUAUACCCAUUCAACUGUUUAUUAAUAAUCACUACAUGUUUCCAUCAUCCAACUGGUCAUCAUCAGGUGAUACGUUACUUACAAGUAUUUUUGAAUUGCAACAAUUGUAACUAACGUAUGUGCCUAUAUUUAUAAUCGUUUCUGUCUACUAUCUGUGCUGGAUUCAUUGAUAUAAAUCAUAAAAGUUAUAAAAUUAUAACGUGGCCACAUUGUAAUGUAGAUUAGGUAAAACUGAUUCCAUAACAUUUAAGUAAAAUUAAAGCUAAGCCGGAAGGUCACGGGAUUGAAUCCUGACAAGGUGAAUUUUUUUUUCAAUUUAC